CGCGCAUUCUUUUGCGGUUCAGGAGUUCGGGGGCGCGCAGUAAGCGCCUCGCCUGUGGAACACAGGUGUGUUGAUACGUCGGGGGCGCGCUUUCGGAUCCGAGUUUCUGUUCCGGCUAUUUCUUUCUCUACGCAGACAAAAAGAGGAGAAUCUCGGUUUGAGAAUGGUAGAUUCUGGUGUCUAUCCGAGUGAUGGAGAGAGUCGAGCACCAAGGAAACACAAAUCUGAGCAGAGCACCAAUCAUAUUAAUACACGUAGCAGCCAUUACAGUGCUCAGAAUGGAUAUACCAGUGAGAGGACUCCUAACAGGAGCCACCAUGAACGUAGUCAGAAUCGGCAUCAAGAAAGAGAUGAGUAUCGUGGAGACAGAAGACAAAACAGACAUCAAAAAGACAGGAGUCAGGUCCAGCACCCAGAAAGGGAGAAGCAUUAUGGAGACAGGGAGCAGAAUAGAAGUAGGGAUGAGUAUAAGGAAAGGGACAAGUCCUAUAAUGAUAGGGGGCACUCCAGGCAUGAAGCAGACAGGAGUCGGAAUCGCUAUGAGGAAAAGGAUAUUUAUUAUAAACAAAGCCUUCCCAGUGGAUAUGAGGAAAGAAACAAUCACCACAAAGAGAGGAGCCGUAACCAAUUUGAUGAACGGGAAAGACACGAAGAACGUUAUGUGCAAAGUGUAGACCACCAUGGACUGUCAGUGAACAAAAAGCACACGGAACAUUAUUCAUCUGAGCGGUCAUUACCUCAAAAUGGUGCCGAGCUGCUUGAAAUGGAAUAUUAUGAAGCAGAAUCAGAAGGUGGGAUUUUGGAUUGUCACAAAUGCAAAUAUCUAUGCACUGGACGUGGUGUUCUGCAAAUGUUGGAGGUGAUCCUUAACAUUCUGGUUCUGAUUUGUGUGGUCGCUUCCCAUUUCACCCUAUCUGGGUUCAGUGCUGGCAUGGCAAGUGGUGGUUUUGGAGGUGGUUAUUACCCCUUUGAGGGUCAAGAGCUGCAGGAGGUGCGCCAGUUGGACCAGGAAUUCACCCUACUACGCGCUCCAUUGGUAUAUGGAGGCCUGACAAUGUGUUUGCUGACAGGGACCAUGACACUUGCCAUCCUGGCUCACGGAUCCAGGCGCCUACUUGAUCUAUCUAAGAAAUGGCUCCUGAUUGAGGCUACUUUCAGUGCUGUGGCAUCACUGGGUUAUGGAGCUGCGGUGGGGGUGUUUCUACAUUUUGCUCUCCAAAUAAAUUCUACAGAUGUGUGCAAGAGGAGAGAAAGGUUGUAUGGCAGAAAUGGACUCACAUGGAUGAACUGUUAUCUGGCAGGGACUGAUGGGGGAGCAGCAACCUUUGCCAUUUUGUUAAUCAUAUUAUAUGCUGUCAGCGUGGUGCUAGCUGCUCGUGCAUACAAGGAAAAGAAGGCACUACAGCAGUAAUCUGUAAAACAAACUUUAUAUCACCAAUUAUCACUAUAUAUCCUGGCACUGGGAUGUAUCCCACAAAUCUCAACCUUGUAGCGAUGAGUAUUAAAAAAAAUAUGAUGUGUUGUCUGCAACGUAAAAGGGCAAAUCUGAAUAUUAACCCUUAUAGUACAGUAAAGAAUAAAAAAAAAAAAAAAAAGUUUUUAUGUUUGUAUCCUGAAUGUUAACUGGUUGUGGGAUAGAGAACAGAGGCAUUAGAUUUACCCUGUGUUUGUUAUCCCCGCGUAAAUAAUGCACUUUGUAUGGACUACCAAGGUAGUCAGGAAGAGAAGUGACAGCUGCUCCAAGUACACAUGUCACUUCUCAAGCACAUUCCUCUUUUGCAGUGAGGAAUAGGUUGAGUUGCUUACUAAACAAUAUAAUAUGUGCAAAAAAAAUCGAACCAUUAUAAUACGUGUUGAAUCAUCUGCCACAGUGGGCGCCAGAGUGUUUUUGUGUGAGACUAUGGAAGAUUCAUCAAAGUCUGUCACUCUGCUUCCUCUGUAGCGUUACGCUGAGCACAGGGGAGGAGUGACGUGUAUGUCACAUGCUCCUCCAUAGAACGCCAUAAUGCAGACGGGAGAACGGGCAGCAGAGCGGCAGCAGGUAUCUGAUAUGGUAUCGGGGACAUUGAACGAGUCCCCGCUACCAUGGAAAUGGCCAGUAUUGGCCCUGAUACCGAUACUAGUAUCGGUAUCGAGACAUCCCUAAUUUAUUUAUUUUUAAAGGGGUACUUCCGUGAAUCAACUGGUGCCAAAAAGUUAGACAGAUUUGUAAAUUACUUCUGUUAAUAAAUCUUAAUCCUUUCAGUACUUUUCAGCUGCUGU